UCCUCACGUUCUCUCUCUCUCUCUCUCUCUAUCUGACUGUCAAUAAUUCCAAAUCGCCGCGAGAUUUGAUUUCAACCAUAGACUGUGUGUGAAGUUCUUUUCUUCACCGAUCGGAUCUUGUUCAUUCGGAUUCAGUUCCGAACGCUGAUUACUUUUGUCGAUUCGAUUCUCUUAACCUCGAAAUAUGCCGUCUGUUUACGGAGGCCCAUUGACAACCUUCGAGGAUGCCGAAAAGGAGAGCGAGUAUGGAUACGUUCGCAAGGUGUCUGGACCAGUUGUUGUUGCUGAUGGAAUGGCAGGAGCUGCUAUGUAUGAACUAGUUCGUGUUGGACACGACAAUCUUAUUGGUGAAAUUAUUCGGUUGGAAGGAGAUUCUGCCACUAUUCAGGUGUAUGAGGAAACAGCUGGACUGAUGGUUAAUGACCCUGUUCUUCGAACUCGCAAGCCUCUAUCAGUUGAAUUGGGUCCUGGAAUUUUGGGAAAUAUAUUUGAUGGUAUUCAGAGGCCUCUGAAAACAAUUGCAAUAAAAUCCGGUGAUGUAUAUAUUCCUCGUGGUGUAUCUGUCCCAGCACUUGACAAAGAUGUUCUUUGGGAAUUUGAGCCAAAGAAAAUAGGAGAGGGGGAUCAUUUGACAGGUGGUGACUUAUAUGCGCAAGUGGUUGAGAACAGUUUAAUGCAACAUCAUGUUGCUCUUCCUCCUGAUGCUAUGGGAAAGGUAACCUACAUUGCACCAGCUGGCCAAUACUCGUUGAAGGACACUGUCCUAGAACUCGAGUUUCAAGGUGUCAAGAAACAAUUUACCAUGCUUCAGACCUGGCCCGUGCGUACACCUAGGCCUGUAGCUUCAAAGCUUGCUGCUGAUACACCUCUCUUGACUGGACAGCGUGUUCUUGAUGCUCUUUUCCCCUCCGUGCUUGGUGGUACUUGUGCCAUUCCUGGUGCAUUUGGUUGUGGAAAAACAGUCAUUAGUCAGGCUCUCUCCAAGUAUUCCAACUCCGACACUGUAGUUUAUGUUGGUUGUGGAGAAAGAGGAAAUGAAAUGGCAGAGGUGCUUAUGGAUUUCCCUCAAUUGACAAUGACAUUGCCAGACGGGCGGGAAGAAUCUGUCAUGAAGCGUACGACACUUGUAGCUAACACAUCAAAUAUGCCAGUGGCUGCUCGUGAGGCUUCAAUUUACACAGGAAUUACUAUUGCUGAAUAUUUCAGAGAUAUGGGCUACAAUGUCAGUAUGAUGGCAGACUCAACAUCUCGCUGGGCAGAGGCAUUGCGUGAAAUUUCCGGUCGAUUGGCUGAGAUGCCUGCAGAUAGUGGGUAUCCUGCUUAUUUGGCAGCGCGUUUGGCAUCCUUCUACGAGCGUGCAGGGAAAGUUAAGUGUCUUGGUGGGCCAGAAAGAACUGGAAGUGUCACCAUUGUUGGUGCAGUUUCUCCUCCAGGAGGAGAUUUCUCUGACCCUGUUACAUCUGCAACCCUCAGUAUUGUUCAGGUUUUCUGGGGUCUAGACAAAAAACUGGCCCAAAGGAAACAUUUUCCUUCUGUGAACUGGCUCAUUUCUUACUCAAAGUAUUCAGGGGCACUGGAAUCCUUUUAUGACAAGUUCGAUUCAGAUUUUAUUGACAUCAGGACAAAAGCUCGUGAAGUGCUGCAAAGAGAGGAUGAUCUGAAUGAAAUUGUGCAGCUAGUUGGAAAAGAUGCUCUAGCUGAGUCGGAUAAAAUCACCCUGGAAACAGCAAAGCUUUUGAGAGAGGACUAUCUUGCCCAAAAUGCAUUUACCUCGUAUGAUAAAUUCUGCCCAUUCUACAAAUCUGUUUGGAUGAUGCGCAAUAUUAUUCAUUUCUACAAUUUGGCAAAUCAGGCGGUAGAGAGAGGGGCAGGUAUGGAUGGGCAGAAGAUAACCUACAGCCUUAUCAAGCAUCGUCUAGGAGAUCUGUUCUACCGUUUGGUUUCUCAGAAGUUUGAAGACCCAGCCGAAGGUGAAGAAACACUGGUUGCAAAAUUUAAGAAACUUUAUGAUGAUUUGACUGCUGGUUUCCGCAACCUUGAGGAUGAAACUCGAUGAUGAGUGUAUGCCAUACCACUCAAUACUGGCUGGUAAAACUGGGUUGUUAUGUUGUGUGAGGCUUUCACUUGAGAUGAUAUUUAUGGCUCAUGUUCGGUAUUUUGGUUGUGUAGCUAUAUUUAUGUUGUAUUUUCGUUAAUGCCCCAUGAUUUUGGUCAGUAAUAAGAGGGCGAGGGUGAGAGCGAGCGAGCGCAUCGUUCAGGCAAUUUUUUGCAUAUGUUUUUGUUGCAUUAAUAAAUUAUAGAGGUACAAUUUGAGUUGUGGAAUGAUUUAUGUAAAGACCAUAUAUUUGUUUAUCCUAUUACGUAUCUUGUCAUUAAUGG